AUGGGAAAGAAAAACAGUACACUCAGGCCAGAAGCAUUAGAGGACUUGCGAAAUUGCACCGAAUAUUCAGACUCCGAGAUUAUGACCUGGUGCAAGAUAUUCUUCAAAGACUGUCCAACGGGGCGACUCACCCUUCGGGAGUUCAAGGACAUCUACCACAACGUUUUCCCUAACGGCAACGCGUCCAAGUUUGCAGAACACGUCUUCCGAACCUUCGAUACCAACAAAGACAAUACCAUCGACUUCCGCGAGUUCCUGUGCGGACUGCAUGUAACUACAAGAGGCACACCAGAGGAGAAGCUUCAGUGGGCCUUCCGCAUGUACGACAUGGACGGAGACGGCUUCAUCCAGUACCACGAAAUGGUGGACAUGCUCACCGCCAUCUUCAAGAUGGUCAGACCAGUUAUAAAAAGGUCCCCCACCGAUGACUUGGAAAUCGGGAAACUGGCGGACAAAAUCUUUCGUCAGGGAGACACGAACAGGGACGGCAAGCUCUCUUGGGAAGAGUUCAAUCGGUUUGCCAAGGAUAACCCUAUGAUUGUCAGCGUGCUGCUGGGAGAUAGCAAGUUUUCUCUCGACUGA